UAGAAAGCCAGAUACCAGGCUAUUGUGGGAUGUGUUCAGCACUGAGCGCAUACCAUUCUCGACUAGGUGGCAACUACCGCACAUUGUUUUCAUUUGCGAUUGCAAACAAAAUUUAAUAUUUCUCGAAUUUUAAGCAAUUUAGCUGUGAAAUCAACAUGACGGAGUUCUGGAAGUCAAACGAGCGCAAGUUCUGCGACUUCUGCAAAUGCUGGCUGAGCGACAACAAGGCGAGCGUCGCCUUCCACGAGAGUGGCAAGCGGCACAAGCUGAAUGUGGCCAAAAGGAUCACCGACAUCAGUCGCAACAGCGAGAAAUCGGAGCGGGAACGCCAGAAAAUGGACGCGGAGAUCCGCAAGAUGGAGGAGGCGGCCAUGAAGUCGUACGCCCAGGAUGUCCACUCCCGCGGCGACAUGACCGCGCGGUCCAUCAAUACGGUGAUGCGGGCCACGGCCUCUGCUUCUGCUUCCGCCUCAGGCGGUGGUCAUUCGUCGGCUGGCAGAUCCCGCCAAGUGGACCCCAUGCGCCUGGAAGGACUCUCCGACGAGGAAGAGGACCAGAGGCGGGUAGCUCCCGGCAAGGUCACCAGCGACACAGCCGCUUCAGAAGCCUCCCUCUGGGUGGAGGGCAAGUCGGACGAAGGACACACCUACUACUGGAACGUGAAAACCAAUGAAUCCGUCUGGAAACCGCCGAAGGAGGGCUAUCUGUCCUACGAGGAGUACGAGCGCAUAAACCAACUGGCCAUCGAUCAACAGGAGAUCUCCCAGGAGCAGGAAUCCCUCAAGUUUCGCGCCAAUGCCGACGAGGAAGUGGCGAGGGUGAAUCGAGAGAAGAUGAAAGCCUUCCGGAAGACCGAUAAUCCCAAGGAAAAGAAGCAGAAGGAAGAGAGGCGUCAGACAUUCAAAACAGAGGAGGAGGCGGCCACCAAGGAGAUUGGGCAGUGGCAAACUGUCGAAGUGAAAGCGCCUGAAGAGCCCAUCGAUUGGCAGCUACCAAAAACGGAUUACUACACUGCUGCUCCCGUGGUUUCCGCUUCCACUGAACCAGAACCACCAGUCAAGAAGUUCAAGGAGAAGACGAUAGGCGGUCUGGAUGCGGAGAUAGCCGCCACUGCGCCUGCCACGUUCAAGAGGAAAUUCAUCAAGAAGGGAAACAGCCGUCAGCGCGUCGAGGACUAGGUUAGGCAUAAGAGAUGUUUAGGAUUUUAAGUGUUUGCUUAUAACAAUUAUAAAGUGAGAUGCGUUCAAAUAAUAUUAGAUUUCAUAAAGCUA